GAGGAAGAGCAGCACAGGAAGAGUUGAUGGGAGUUGUAUUUACUAUCAGUGAUCAGCGCUUCGCUUCACGACCAACUUCUCCCAUGAAUCGUUGCCUUUUUAUCUAAAAAAACCUCACUGGAACAGAUAGCACUUUAGGUUCAGUGGCAUGGCUGAAAAGAAGACGGUUAUUGUGACAGGUUUUGAGCCUUUUGGAGAGCAUGCUGUUAAUGCAAGCUGGGUGGCCGUGCAGGAAUUGGAGAAAUUGGGCUUGGGGCAGAAUGUGGACCUGCAUGUCAGUGAGGUUCCUGUGGAGUACCAGGCAGUCCAGAACCUUCUGCCAUCACUAUGGAAACAGUACCACCCACAGUUAGUGGUGCAUGUAGGAGUUUCCGGAAUGGCUACCACGGUAACCCUUGAAAAAUGUGGGCAUAACCAUGGUUACAGCCGCCUUGACAACUGUAACUUCUAUCCUGGGACGGAGUGCUGUAUGGAGGGAGGACCAGAUUGUAUCCACUCAGUCAUAGAUAUGGAUGCUGUCUGCAAGAGGGUCAACUCCUCAGGCCUUGGAGUUACUGUGUCUGUCUCAAAGGACGCUGGCAGAUACCUGUGUGAGUACACCUACUACACGUCUUUGUACCUGGGCAAGGGAAAGUCGGCUUUCGUGCACGUGCCGCCCCUGGGAAAGCCCUACAGCGCAGAGGAGUUGGCCCAGGCCCUCAGGGCCGUGAUCUUGGAAAUGCUGGAACUGAUGGAGCACAACACAGAGAAGCAGCUUUGCCAGCACGGUCAAUGAGGGAACAGGGGAGUGUCCCAAACAGCUCACUCUCUAUGUAGUGUCUGUGCACAGACAGGAGGUUCAGCUAUGCUCAAUGAUGUCAAUAUCUUGUGCUUAUGCACACUACAUAGGGAGCAGUGGGCUGAUUUGAGAUGCAGCCUGCACACUAAGCCUGUCGUCACUGUGGCCAGAUAAGAACGGACGGCACGUUAUGGGGCAUAAUCAAAAGAUGCUGAGAUGAGGUGCUAUGUAUAAAGAACUCUUUUUGAAUCGAUGUGAAUGGAAACAGCGCAUAUAGAACCUAUCAGUGCACAAACUGCUAUGUUUAUAUUUUUCACUUCUCUGCAGCUUUUAAAUAUACCCCAGUCACACUGUGGACAGAAGGAGGUCGUUCAUAAAGUCUCUUUGCCUAUAUGUGUGCUGUCACAUCAAAACCUUGUAACUUCAUUAUGUUUCAGUUUUUAUUCGUUAUUAACAUUCAAAGUUCUGUGUGUUUCCUAGCAUCUUAAAAAUAGGGUCUCUGAGCUAGCUGAGCAGUUUUACACAGUGAUAGGUGGAGGUGGUGAGAGUGGGAGGUAAUUCCUGAUCUUAUUGGUUAACAUUAUUUUCCCUGCCCACUGGUGCACAGAGUCAUAAUCAAAAAUCAAUAGGCAAUUUAGAGGUGGAGCAAAAUGGUAUGAUGAAUUGUGCUUAAAGGGCAAUUCCUCAGAUUUUUCAAAAUCUCUACUUAAAUGAAAAUUGAGUCAGUCAGAGAGAUUUGAAGUAAAUUGAUGCACUGUGUAGACACUUACUGAUUCAAAUUUCUUUACAUUGUUGUGAUCACCACCAGGGUCGCCAUUUCUACAGUGAACUAUAGUCUACAGUAUAGCCAUUUUAUUUACUAUCUAAAGACACCUUCCCUCAAAGUGAUUUACUAUCCAAAGCCCAAACUUUCUCUCAAAACUAUUCUAAAACAAUGUCUCAGCCAUCAUAUUUGGAACCAUUUCAUGUAAUAACUUUCUGUAAGGGAGUUUUUAGAGGCAUUAAACGCUUCAGAUGUUUGGUUCCCAUCACCACCUUUGAACAAUUCUGACUCCCUUAGAUUCUCUAGAACAUAAAAUUUCUCAUCAAACCACUCUGGCUGAUUUUGUUUAAAUGUUAAUUUAAGGUUGAUUUGAGCAGAAACUUUUAUAAAUUGGUGGAAUACCCCUUCAAUAUGACCAGGGACAUUAACUAAAAAGGUAAAAGACAGGUAAUUUUUGAAUCACCAGUAGUCUUUUCGUUGUGUAAACAUUUCAUGAAGAAUGGACCAAGAUAAAUGGUCCAAAAUUACUUGAAAUCUUGCUACUUUAAAAGUAUUUUGCCUUCUACACUGAAAAACUACCUUUUGGAGUACAAACUCUGUCUCUGUGGUAGUAUCCUCAAGGAUGCAUCUUCCUUUAGUUAGGGAACAUAAUUGUACGAUAUACCACUGCAGUUCUAUUUUUGUAAACUUGCACUGACUCCAUACACCCAGUCUUGACACAAGGCUAUUUAUUUCUAUCAUCACCGUCCAAAAAAAGCAUGUAUCUCCAUUUGUGUCGAUUGUAAUUUUUCCCCCAUCAUUGGAACACUGCAGCUGUCCUUUACAUUGUGUGAAAAUUUCAUGAUGAAUGGAUCAAUAGAAAUGGUCCAAAAUUACUCCUCCUUGGCUCAACACCUCUUUGCAUUAACUUACAAGUUUAGGAGGUUCUUGCCUUCUGCUGUAAAGUUACUAUUUUGGAGAUAAAUGUUGUUUUUGUUUUGUUUGGGCUUUUUUUUUUGGACAGCCACUAUAUGCAUUUUUAUUUAGUUGAGAUGUAAUAGAAGUCAUUCAGAGUGGUUUGACAUGAAAUGGUUCAUCGCAGAGAAAUUGACUGACUCAAAUUUUGUUUACAGUAGUGGUGACAGGAACCAGGGAUCAUAGUGUCUACAACACAAAUAUAGCCAUGUUAUGCAGCAUCCGAAACAGUCUCAUAUGUGUCUUCUUUUAUAUGUAAUGUUGCUGAUGUCAAAAUGGCUAAAAAGAGGUUAAUCUGGUGGGUGGGGGAGUUUUCUUUGGGGAUUAUUGUGCUUCACAACCUCUUGCAUGUACCACUACAUCAUAAAUGUUGUUUUUUUUUUCAAAAAUAUGUCUUAGGCCAUAAUGUUUUCCUAAACCUAUCAAAAAACAGUGUCUCAUUCAUCAGGCAACAUAUUUGUGUCCAUUUCUUGUAAUAACUUUCUGUGAGCAAGAUUUUAAAGGCAUUGAACUUUGGACGUCUACCACUGUGUGGUAUUCUGACACAGUUUCUCUAGAAUGGAGCAUUUCACAUCAGACCACUCUGAAUAACUUUGUUUACAUCUUAACCAUUUAAUUAUGCAGAAAUGUUGAACAAUCGUUGGAAUCCCCUUCAAGAUCCAUGUUGUUCCUUUGAGGGUGCAUUUACAUAGCUUGCACCUGGACAGUAUUUUUUUUUUUCCAGUGUAAUGUAAUGUAAUGUAAAGUUAGCAUUUUGGACAUAUAAGGUUUUGUUAUGACAGCAACGAAAUGAGCAUAACACAAUAUGUUUUCAUUUAGGGAGAGGCUGGUAGCGAAUUAUAUUUUAGUAGACAUACUAACACUGAAAGUGAAAGAAAAAGUUUAGUCUGAAUGAAUAACAACAAUGUGCACUGUUUUCCUCAUAGAGUGGGGUGCACAAAGGGGAUGAGAUUGGAAAUGUUUGUCUGUACAGUGCCUAUAUUAGCAUUGAAAUGUUAGCCAACUGUCUAAAGUGAUGAACUCUAGUACCUUGAUUUUUCUGGGUUUCUUUGUUGUUUGUUUGUUUUUUCUGUGAAAAAUGAUAAAUAGUGUGUAUUUCUACAUGAUCAUAGUCAAAGCACACACCUUGGAAAUACUGUUGCCUUCUGCAUAUAUCAAGGUCUUCUGCAAACAUUAUAAACAGCUGUCUUUUCAGGGGUAUUGUAAUUGUCAGCAGCUUUUCUGUGAAGAAUGCUACUGUGAAAUCAGGGUUCGAAAUGUAUGACAUAAUCUGUUGUUCACAUCCUACAGCAUAUUGUCGCUGUCUUAAUAAAACUCAUAUCUCUGAAAUAAUAACUUUAUAAAAGAAGCAAAGAAAACGGCUUCAAGUUUAGUGUACAUUACUAUGCAGAACUCAGAGAUCAUCCUUCAUUUAUUUUAUUUCCACUCAAAAUGGCCAUUUAAUGCAAGUUAUUCAAUAACAGGAGAUAUUUCUAUCCUUCAAUAGAGGAUGUUAGAUAUACUCUACUUGCAUAAGGAAGGAGAAAUUCAAAGGAAAAGUGGUGUUUCCAAACUUGGAAAAUGGGACUCUAAAGAACCAUGCAAGAUAAACAACAUUUAAAGCUUUCAUCUUUGAGAGAGAGGAGAAAAUUACUUGGAUUAUGAGAUGCAGGAAAUGCAAUCACUUUCCACCAGACUUAGAAGGUGUGGAAAAAUAUCCAUGCAGAUUUCUCUGAGAAACUGUAAGCAAGUCUCCUGAAAAGAAUGGAAUCUGUGAUAGAGGCAAAAUAUGGACUCACUGAACACUGAAAAAUGUUAGAUUUAGUUGUUAAGGUUUCUGUUUAAUUUUGUGUUAAAUAUGUUUUUUCUUCCUGACACUGAAAAAUGUAUAACUUAAUGGCUGGAAAUUAUAAAAUGAACAGUGGUCACUGACUUUUGCAAAGCACUGUAUGUUAAUGUAAAUAGAUUUUAUUCCAAGUAGCUUGAACCAUAUCUAUUGACCGUAUCAGUUCUAUUGCUCCCACAAUGUAAUGGGCAAUUGCCAUUUUGAGAUACAAUUUUGUGUUAAACGAAACAAAAAACAAGCAGUCUUGAUAUAACAGCGGCAAUAUGAUAGGAACGUGGGCCUUAAGUGUGCCUAAUGAAAAAAAUAUAGAAAUAUAGUUUUGGAGAAGUUAUAGUUAUAGGAAAUACUGACAGUGAAAGCAUUUACUUUCAUUUGUAUGAUCUUUUCUUUCUUUUUUUUAAGAAACACUGGACCAAUCUGGUAAUGUGAAGCUGAUUGCUCCACUUUAUGAUGUCUACCUACAGUCUUUCUCAUCAUUUCAUGUUAACCUGUGGAACAGUUAGUCAUGUACACCUGAGUGAGAAAAAGUUCAUGAACCCUUUGGAAUUAUGUGGAUUUCUGCAGGAAACAAUGUGAUCUGAUCUUCAGCUACAUCAUAAUGAUAAAUAAAGACACUGUUAUUU